AUGACACCUGUGGACUUGCAGCCCAAGAAGAAGCCCAGUGUAGAGGCACUCUGGCGUCAGUUCUUUGCCGAGCCAGGCUCCUUCCAGGAUCUGCGUCCCAAGAAGGAAGGCAUUGCCAAGCGACCAGACUUCAAGCACAGUGAGAGCGGGCUCGUCCUCUGGCUAAACACUGCUCCUGAUUGGGUGCUCAAAAGGAAGGAAGAGGAACCCCUGGAGGCAUACCUGCAGGAUGACCAAUCUAUCCCAUCGAAGCCGCGUGUUGAGGUUGGGGGAGCAAAUGCAGCGGAUGAAAGGGGCCCCAGGGAGCGAGAAGACGUUUCCUGGACGGAAGAGCUCAUCAGAGCAGUCAAAAAUCCACUGCUGGGAGAGCUGGUUGAUGAUGCCACAGAUGAGGCAGAUCCUCCAGAGGGGUGCUUCAGGAAAGGGGAGGAGUUGCUGAGACAUCAGAAGCGAGGGCUGGCAUGGAUGCUCAAGCGCGAGAAACUGCAGCCGGCUGGAGGCAUCUUAGCAGACGACCAGGGUGUGGGCAAGACACUGACAGCUCUUGCGCUGGUUGUGAGCGAUCCCCGAGGGCCCCUGCCUGUUGAGCAGCCCCCUGCAGAGAGUGAAGACGUUGCUGAGGAGGAUGACACCCUUAAGGCUGCGCCAUCACCGGCAGGAGGCACCCUCAUCCUGUGCCCCAAGAGCACACUUCACUCCACAUGGCUGGCAGAAAUUAAGCGAAGACUGGCUAAACACUGGACUGUUUAUGUGUACGCUGGCAAGGAUAGGCUGGCCAUCACGGCAGAGAAGCUUGCAGCCUUUGACAUUGUGCUGGCCACGCCUGAGACUAUGCUCAUGGACUCACCCCUGAAGACACAGAAAGCGCUGCACCAGGUAGCGUGGCACAGAGUGAUCAUUGAUGAGGCUCAGUCCAUCAAGAACCACAGAUCACACAGAUCCGCUGCUGCAGCCCUGCUGCAGGGGCAAAAGAGGUGGGUCAUGAGCGGCACGCCUCUGCAGAACAGCCCCGAGGAGCUGAUCUCCUAUUUUGUCUUCCUAGGCUACAAGCCCUUCAACAGCCGCGCGGCCUUCGCCAAGCUUAUGAGGGAGGCAGUUGUGGUUGAAGAAGGACAGCGCAGCCUGAACAGGCUACGCAGAAUCCUGGCCCCAAUCAUGCUGCGCCGCACCAAGCAGUCUUGCAUCGAUGGCACGCCCAUUGUGCAGCUGCCCGGAAGGCAAAUGCGCAAGGUGGCAAUCGAGUUCAGCGCCGAGGAGAGGCUGCACUAUGAGGAGCUGACGGGAGAGACGCAGGAGGAGAGCGAGCAGGAGAGCAACACCGCAUUCCUCCUGUCCAAGCUGAGGCGGCUGCAGAUGGCCUGCAACCACCCCUCCCUGCAGGCCGCCCGCGCACAGCAGAAGCAGCAGCAGCAGCAGCGGGAGCCUGUCUGCAACGGCGAUACAUGGCAGUGCUCGCUGUGCGGCAAGCCCGCCGCCUACCGGCUGCCCUGCACCCACCUCUUCUGCGUCGACUGCCAGGAGUGGUCCCCCAGGGUGGAGCAGGAAUGCCAGGUGUGCGCCAGAACAGGGAUGCUGGAGUUGGUGGAGGGCAGCUCCGUGGAGCCGCAUCUGCGCCACCUGUCGUCCGCCAAGCUGGAGUAUCUGCGCCACGCGGCACUGGAGGCAGCAGCCGACCGCGAGCAGCUGCUGGUGUUCAGCCUGUGGACCGCCACGCUGGACCUGCUCGAGCCCAUCCUGGCAGCAGAGGGCGUUCCCUUCUGCAGGUUGGAUGGCGGCAUGACAGAAGCAGCGCGGGCGGACAACAUAGCGCGUUUCUGUGGGGAUCGGGACAACACCGUCUUCCUCAUAUCCACCAUGGCCGGCGGCACAGGCCUCAACCUGCCUGCUGCCAGCAGGGUGGUCCUGGUUGAGCCGUUCUGGAAUCCCUACUUGGAGGAGCAGGCCAUAAGCCGCGCAGAUCGCAUCGGCCAGACCAGGGUCGUCCAAGUCUUCAAGCUUUACGUGCCAGGCACGGUGGAGGAGAGGAUAUUUGAGCUGCAGGAGUGGAAGAGGAGGGUGGUGGAGGGCAUCAUAGGCCAGGCAGACCUGGGCUCUGCUGCCAGCGCAAAGCUGACAAAGCACGAGAUGGAGUUCCUAAUGGGCCGCCAAGAGUCUGUGGAGCCCAGCUCUUCUGAGGGAGUCAGCCAGCGCCCUCAGAUCAUCACCAAACCUGAGUCUACAACUGGAGAGGAUAUCGCACUCCCUAAUUAG